ACUGUUAAGCCUACAUUUUACAUCGAUUAAUGAUUUUAACGUUAUGUUUUUAUUUAGCUUUAUGAUGUUAGGAAGUUGGAUUUUAGGAUACAUUCCCAUAAACGAGUUAAAAAUCUUUAAUUCUCCUGCCUGACACAAGAGUGCCUCAGAAGUCCACCGGGAAACUGUACUCCUGAAGCAAGACCACCUCCACCCCGCAGAGUAUCCCCAAGCAUCUCCUCUCACCGCGCUCUCAAACCGUCAGUAUAACUGCGCUAGGACGAGUUCAUGUGCUCAAGUUUAUGACAUUAACAAAGUAGCGGGUUUCAACUUCAAUUUGCCACGGGCGUCCGGUGAGAAGGAAGCCGUCAGAAUCUCAGAGUUAUCAAUAGGCGCAUCAUUGGGGAUACUUUUUUUUAGAAGAGAUGACUGAAAACGACCGACACAGCUUGCAGGUGAUAACAUGUGUGCUGUUUACCCUCGUCACGUUACCGAUCGAAACCUUGGUCGACUUCGACUCCUGCCCCACUGUUUGUGAUUGCUCAGAACGGAAGAUCUACACGAUCUCCUGCUUUGACAUUGAUGUCAUUCCCACAUUUCCUGCAAGCACAGAUACACUAUGGCUUCUGGAGACGCGUCUGAAAUCAGUGCCAGGAGAUGUCUUCUCCGACCUGGUAAACAUAUCAAGGAUAUAUAUAUCAGUGGAUCUGACGCUGAAGAGGCUGGAGAGGCAUUCAUUCUAUAACCUGAAGAAAAUCACCCACAUAGAGAUCCGGAAUGCGAGGAGUCUGUCAUACAUAGAUCCAGAAGCAUUUAAAAACCUUCCAAACCUGAAAUACCUGGGUAUUUUCAAUACUGGCCUCACCAUCUUCCCUGAUCUCACCAACAUUCACUCAGAUGACAUGAACUUCAUACUUGAGAUCACUGAUCAUCCUUACAUCUCUGAGAUCCCAGCCAACUCAUUCCACGGUAUUACCAACCAAGUGCUGACAGUGAUGCUGUAUGGUAACGGCUUCACAGACAUCCAACAUCAUGCUUUCAACGGGACCAAACUGGAUGCUGUGUACCUCCAUAGAAACAGGCGUCUGACCAGGAUGGAUGAAAGGAUGUUUUCAGGCACUGUCAGUGGCCCAAUGCUUCUUGAUGUGUCCCUGACGGCCGUGUCGUCCCUCCCCACGGCAGGGCUGGAGUCUCUCAGGGUGCUGAUGGCCCGCAGCGCCUGGAACCUCAAGAAGCUUCCGCCAAUCAAAACCUUCAAACACCUGACCACCGCUGACCUCACCUACCCCUCUCACUGCUGCGGCUUCAAGAACCUCAAGAAGAAACGAGGAUACCUGGAGUACAUCAUCUGUAACCUGACAGCAUUCUACGACCAGCAGCAGAAGAGGUCCGUAGGUCGUCUCACAGUCCCAUCACUCCAGGGAGACCCCACUGCAGACACAGCUGACCAGCAGUCCAGUGAGGGGGGCUUCAGAGAUGGUGUGUUCAAAGAUACCCAGGGAGACCCCACUGCAGACACAGCUGACCAGAAGUCCAGUGAGGGGGGCUUCAGAGAUGGUGUGUUCAAAGAUACCCAGGGAGACCCCUGGAGAGACUUCCACAGCAGCCUCAACUACCACGCCUACUUCGGCGGGCAGCCGGACGAUGACGUGGGCUUCGGGGAGACGCUGAAGAACCCGCAGGAGGACACCAGCCAGGAGUUUGACAAUCGCUACGACUACGUGGUCUGCGAGGAGGGCGAGGAGGUGACCUGCGCCCCUGCACCGGACGCGUUCAACCCAUGCGAGGACAUCAUGGGCUUCAGCUUCCUGCGUGUGUCUGUGUGGUUUGUGUCUCUGCUGGCUGUAGUAGGUAACAUGGUGGUGCUACUGGUCCUCCUCACCUCCCACUACAAGCUCUCCGUCUCACGCUUCCUCAUGUGUCACCUGGCCUUCGCUGACCUCUGCAUGGGGAUAUAUCUCCUCCUCAUCGCCUCAGUGGACCUUCACACCCAGGCGGAGUACUACAACCACGCCAUCGACUGGCAGACGGGGCCUGGCUGCGGGUUGGCGGGGUUCUUCACGGUGUUUGCCAGCGAGCUGUCGGUGUAUACGCUGACGGUGAUUACGCUAGAGAGGUGGUACGCAAUAACAUUCGCCAUGAGGCUGGACAGGAAGUUGCGUCUGCCCCACGCCACUGCUGUGAUGCUGUCUGGAUGGUUGUUCUGCCUCCUCCUAGCGAUGCUCCCCCUAGUGGGGGUUAGCAGCUACCAGAAGGUCAGUAUCUGCCUGCCCAUGGAUACCCAGUCCACCAUGGCCCAGGUCUACAUUGUCUCAGUCUUGAUCCUAAACAUCCUGGCAUUCCUGGUGAUCUGUACCUGUUACAUGAAGAUCUACUGCACCGUGCACAAGCCUUACUACUGCUCAGGGUCUAAAGACACCAACAUUGCUAAACGCAUGGCCAUCCUCAUCUUCACUGACUUCAUGUGUAUGGCGCCCAUCUCGUUUUACGCCAUGUCGGCCGUUGUGGACCGGCCGCUCAUCACCGUGUCCAACUCUAAGAUCCUUCUGGUGCUCUUCUACCCUCUCAACUCCUGUGCCAACCCCUUCCUGUACGCCAUCUUCACCAAGGCUUUCAGGGGGGAUGUCUUCAUCCUGCUCAGUAAGGUGGGGCUGUGCCAGCAUCGGGCGCAGCUCUUCAGAGGGCAAGCAGUCAGUUCGAAAGGUAGCAGUAGGGUGUGCCACCAGGUCCAGGGGGGUAAAAAGAGAGACAAUGACAGGAAGAGAACAGGAGGACCAGAGGAGGUACCCAUUCACCUGCAGGAGUAUUCUGGGUCUGGUCACACCUACAUUCAGCCGGCCUCACAACAGCCCAGUCCUGAGGAAAGCCAUAGCCUGGUGACGUGAGCCAGAACUCAGCCGGGGGAGAUCAGAGAGGACCAUGGUGGUCCCAGUGGCGGUUUGGUUGGUUAGGGCAGAGGAGCUACAGUGAAAUGAAAACUGGAAGUGUUGCAGCCGGAGGUUAGAAGUGAACUGUUGGGAUACUUUACAGCAAUCUAGUAUUUUCUCUGCACUUUUACACGUGUUUGAAUGUUUUCAUCAUUUCGGCUGUGCUAUUGUUUUUGCAAUUAAUAUACCAUCUGUUGCAGAAUAUUAUGUGUCGGUGAGAUAUUCUUGUCAAAUUGCACCGAAACUUCUUUAGGAUAUGAUAUCCUAUUUUGGCACUUCUGUUGUCGUUAAUUCUAAAGAUUAAGUUGGUGUUGAAACUGUUGCUAAAUAUCAGUUUCAUCCGAAAGCAAAGUUUAUUUACACGUUUGAUUAAACUUGAGAUUAACCAAAAUUGGGUCCAACAAAUAAUAAUCUCUGGUGGAUUAUGGUUAUCAUUGAUAUAUCACAUUUAUUAAAUUGAUGAUUCAUACAUACCAGACCAAAAAUGAUAUAUAUUUUUUCACAGUAACUGAUACUCUAAAAUAUCUUCACUACUUACAGAGAUCAAGAAACAGGAGAACUUUGACAUAGGUUUGAAAUGUGAUAUUUGAAUUCUCAAACUUCACAAAAAAAGUAGCAGAGAUUCCUGUGAGACUCCUGGAUAUUGUCCUGGUACUGUAUUACAGAUCAGCCCCAGUGCGAUUUAAAAACGACACUCGACUUCAGACGAGAAUACUGCAUUUCUAAAUGCUCCACAAUAGCUGUGUACGUUAGGAACCGAAUAUUGAGUUUCAUCCCACACCCCCUUUUGCCUUCAGAACAGCCUGAAUUCAUCGGGGCAUGGACUCUACAAGAUGACGAAAGCGUUCUACAGGGAUGCUGGCCCAUGUUGACUCCAAUGCUUCACACAGUUGUGUCAAGUUGGCUGGAUGUUCUUUGGGUGGUGGACCAUUCUUGAUUCAUGGGAAACUGAGUGUAAAAAGCCCAGCAGCGUUGCAGUUCUUGACACACUCAAACCGGUGCGCCUGGCAACUACUAUCGUACCCUGUUCAAAGGUACAUAAAUCUUUUGUCUUGCCCAUUCACCCUCUGAAUGUCACACAUACACAAUCCAGGUCUCAAUUGUCUCAAGGCUUAAAAAUCAUCUACACUGAUUUGAAGUGGACUUAACAAGUGACAUCAAUAAGGGAUCAUAGCUUUCACCUGGAUUCACCUGGUCAGUCUAUCAUGGAAAGAGCAGGUGUCCUUUAUGUUUUAUACACACUGUAUAUAAAUUACAAGUGUAAUUAAUGUACAAAGACAUCAAAUUGGGAUAUAUUUGUAGUGUGCCUUCAAAAUGUUGAUAACAAACCACCCCCCCCCCCCCCAAUGUUGUUGAUCCAUCUUCAGUUUUCUCCUAUCACAGCCAUUAAACGCUGUAACUUUUCAAGUCACCAUUGGCCUCAUGGUGAAAUCCCUGAGCGGUUUCCUUCCUCUCCGGCAACUGAGUUAGGAAGGAGGUCUGUAUCUAUGUAGUGACUGGGUGUAUUGAUACACCAUCCAAAGUGUAAUUAAUAACUUCACCAUGCUCAAAGGGAUAUUCAAUGUCUGCUUUUAUUUAUUUUUACACAUUUACCUAUAGUAGCCCUUCUUUGCGAGGCAAUGGAAAACGUCCCUGGUCUUUGUAAUUGAAUCUGUGUUUGAAAUGCACUGCUCGACUGGGGGACCGUACUGAUAAUUGUAUGUGUGGGGUACAGAGAUGAGGUAGUCAUUCAGAAAUCAUGUGAAAAAUUAUUAUUGCACACAGUCCAUGCAACUUCUUAUGUGACUUAUUAAGCAACAUUUUACACCUGAACUUAUUUAGACUUACCAUAACAAAAGGAUUGAAUACUUAUUGAAUCAAGACAUUUCAGCUUCAGCUUUUUUUUUUCAGCUUUUAAUUUUUAAUUAAUUUGUAAAAAUGCAGAAUUUUUUUUCUCCACUUUUACAUUAUGGGGCGUUGUGUGUAGGCCAGUGACAAAAUAUCUCAAUUUAAUCAAUUUUCUUAUUCCAGCUGUAACACAACAAAAUGUAGAAAAAGACAAAGGGUGUGAAUAACAAAUGUAUACUUACAUGUAUGUCAACCUUUUCUUGUGUGGUGGUGAUCAUUUUACCAUGCUCAAGACAUAAUGUGACUUUCUGAGAAUAACAGAGAAGUUAGUAGCAGAUAAAAAAAGAAAUACUGAAUAUUUUAGAUAGGAAAAACAUUUGGAAAAAUUGAGAAGCUUUACACCAAACCAAACACUCACGUGUAAAGCAAGCUGUAGCUAUAGAGAGAGACUUUAAGGGAUUAAGGGACACCUUCUGCCAAUGACCGCCCGCUUGCCAUCUGUACAGCAUUUCAGCUGCACUGCGACAUUUUCAGAGAAAUGCUAGGGAAUAAACUUGGCUGG